AUGCCACCAACGACACGCUCGCAGACCGUUCACCACCGCGUGCAGACCGUCCACCGCGCGCAGACCGUCCACCGCGCGCAGACCGUCCGCUACCGCGCGCAGACCGUCCGCCACCGCGCGCAGACUGUCCGCCACCGCGCGCAAGCCAUAAAGAAGAGAGCAGUCGGCGCAACUACUUCCAUCACACCCGACGAGAUCUGCCACAUCAGCAUGCUCUACCCAGUGCCCGAGGUUUUUACAAUGUUCCUCACUUCAUGCACUGCCUCAGAGAUAUUCCAGCUCCGCCAAGUCUGCCAGCACUGGAAAGCCAUGAUUGACCAAUCCUCCCCCGUCCAAGAGUCACUGUUUCUACGGCCGCGACGUGUCACGAACGUCCUAGAACUCAAACCGGACCACGGCCCCGAGACGACCACCGUCCAAGGAUAUCUUGUCACGGGCAAAGUAACUCGGCCUUCGCAGUUGGUUGAUGGAGAGAAGUAUAGUGUGCCAGCGGAGUGGAAUGACGUGAUUUGUGUGCCUAGUAGAUUCGGCCACGGAAUGGAGAUGGAUCGGAGGGUUACAAUGGGAGAGUGGAUCCAAUUGAAAGAUGAACUUGUUCAGAUAUGGAUUGAGGAGGCUGUGGCGAUUGAGUGGGACAAGUAUAGCAAGACGAAGAACAAGGAGGCGCCGGAUGUCUCUACACUGCCCGAAUCAGACCCACCAGGACCAGGACGCCACCAACACAUGCUGGGAGGAGGAAGCGGCAAGACGUUGCACAAGACGCAACUGGACAUGUUUCUGACGCAGCCACCGGUCAAAUCUGUGUAUGUGGCUCACUUCUUAGCAGGCCAUCAACGCGUCACGAAUCCCACGGGCCUCCGUCUCCGCGACGUCCUGACCGCGUUGGAACCUGGUAUGGGUGUGAAACGCAAUUUUUUCGAUUGUUGGAAUCCCAUGGCUGCUGAGCGCAAAGGCUUGGGCAUGAACUUGAAUGGCGCUUUUGACGCUGGUCUCGAAGGCAUGGUGUUUAUGGGAGCCGAUGACUGGAAAGAGGUUGAUCGUCGUGCUGGAAACUAG